ACGGCCAAUCAGAAUGUUUCUUGUACACACUCCUCUGUCAGAGGUCGAACAUGAUGGCGGCGUGCACAAGGAGGACGAGAGAAAUUAUGAGCUUGCUACGAAUUUCAAGGCAUUUCCCUCAGAACCAACGACUUCUGUCGACGUCAGUACCGAGGCACGCAGCAGCGUCAGAUGGACCUCCGAAAUUCACUCCUCCAUCCAAACCAGUUAUCAUAGACAAAACACAGAAAGAAGCAUCUCUGCGAAGGUUUUUGAGUCCAGAGUUCAUCCCUCCUCGUCAGCGCACAAACCCUGUGAAAUUUUCAGCAGAGCGGAAAGACAUGAUACAGAGACGGAAAGUUCUCAACAUUCCGGAGUUUUACGUUGGCAGUAUUUUAGCAGUGACCAUGACUGAUGUUCAUGCGAAUAAGAACUUAAAUCGCUUUGUUGGAAUCUGCAUUCAGCGCUCUGGAAAAGGAUUGGGUGCUACUUUUAUACUCCGGAAUGUUGUUGAUGGCCAAGGAGUGGAGAUAUGCUUUGAAUUGUACAAUCCACGUCUGCGUAAGAUUGAAGUGUUGAAGCUGGAAAAGAGAAUGGAUGACAAUCUCAUGUACUUGAGAGAUGCUCUUCCUGAGUACAGCUCGUUCGACUUUGACAUGCAACCUGUACAUUAUGAAAUAACAGGAGAUGUUGCGGUCAAUCCGUUAAAAGUAAAAAUGAAGCCAAAGCCAUGGUCUAAACGUUGGGAGCGCCCCAAGUUUAACAUUAUGGGUAUCCGCUUUGACCUAUGUUUGACCCCGGAGAUGAUGGAGCAUGCUCAGAAGUGGGCAGAACCGUGGAGGCCGUAUGAUAUGCUGAAGGAGUAUGACACAUCCAGUCUAGAGGAGCAGAUCUUCAAGGAGGUACAGGAAAAUCUCCGAAAGUGAACAGUCUUUAGAAACCACUUCCAGCCUGGACAGAGACAAUCCCUUCAAAGGGACAUGAGGCUGAGGGGACCCCUUUAAAGAUGCUGAAAAGAUCUGACUUUGGUGAGACAUGCUGAUGUGGUUCUGGUUCUGGGGUUUGCCUCAAAAUGGAUUCUGGAGAUACAUUUAGAUGACUUCAGAUACAUCGGAACUUUUCAUGUGUGUGUAUUUUACAUGCUUCUCACCAUCUCAACUGCUUAUCUUCAAAUAAACAUCCUCAAUUAAAUUGC